GCAGCGUCUGUGCUGUUGGCAGGAGUGACCAGAAUAAAAACAGCAACACCAGACAUAGAGGAGGAAAAAAAGCAAAGUUAUCCAUUGAACCAGAGUCUUUGCCCUCUCUUAAUUACGUCAAGUCCCAUAUCUUUUCCCUUUUUUCACCUUUUUUCCUCACUCUCUAAGACUUCGAGUUAGUGGUAAUUAGCUAGAAGAGAAUAAAACCAGCUGAUCGGGAGAGGGGUGGUGCAUUUUGGAGCGAGAUGGCUAACAGAAACAUUCUGUUGCUCUUCUGUGGACUCUUCCUCAUAGCACUGAUUCAGCCCUCUCUUCAAGGAGGUUUACCACCUGGUGCUGGGAUAGGACCAGGAGGCACUGGACCGGGAACUGGAUUCUUUCCAGGAUCUACUGGAGGAGUCCCUGCGGGCUAUAAACCAGCUAAAGCUGCAGGAGGUUAUGGAGCUGGAGCACGUGGUGUGGGCACAGGUGGUUUGGUUCCAGGAGGCGUUGGACCUGGUGGCUAUGGCGUUGGAGGAUUAGGAGCAGGACCAGGCGGAAAGCCCCCUAAACCAGGUUAUGGCAGUCUAGGAGUUGGUGGUCUUGGAGCUGGGGGCCUUGGAGUAGGUGGUUAUGGAGGAUAUGGUGGCACUGGGGGCUUCUUCCCAGGGGCUGGACAGAAGGCUGCUAAAAGAGGUGCUGGAGGCCCUCUGCUACCAGGAGCAGGAACAGGAGUAGUGCCAGGAGGAACAGGAACUGGAGCCGCACUGCCUGCUGGAGCCCCUGUCCUUCCUCAGACAGGCCUCCCAGGAGGUGCUGGUGUUGGAGCGGGAAAGAAAGCCGCGAAACUGCCAGGUGUUGGUGUGCCAGGACUUUACCAAGGUGGAUUGGUACCAGGAAAAGGGUUUGGUGGACGUGGAGUUCUGCCAGGAGUAGCCACUGGCACUGGCCUGACUCCCAAAUCAGUUGGACAGACAGGUCCAGGAGCAGCAGGUCGCGGGUAUGGUGGACAGUUACAGCCAGGAGUGUUCCAUGGAUACCCCCUCAAAACACCCAAAGUUCAAGGUGCUUAUGGAGCAAAACCUGGAGGAGGCAAACUUCCCUAUGGUUAUGGUGGCUUUGGAGCCGGUGGAGCUGGACUUCCAGGAGGGAAAGGAUAUCCUGUUGGAACUGGAGUGGGGCCCAGUGGCAUCUCUCCUGCUCAAGCUAAAGCUGCCAAAUAUGGUUUGGGUGUUGCUGGAGGAGUUGGUGGUGUGGGAGGUGUCGGAGGUGUUGGCGGUGUUGGUGGUGUUCCUGGCGCUGGUGGACUGUAUCCAGGAGCAGGCUAUGGGGCUGGUGCCAAGGCUGCUAAAUAUGGACUAGUACCAGGAGGAGUACCAGGAGGAGUACCAGGGGGUGUACCAGGAGGUGUACCAGGGGGUGUACCAGGAGGAGCACCACUUGGAGUACCAGGAGGAGUUCCAGGAGGUGUUCCAGGAGGAGGUCCAGGAUUACCACUUGGUGGAUAUUCACCAGCAGCCAAAGCGGCUAAAUAUGGACUAGGAGCAGGAGGAGUAGGAGGACAAGCAGGACUAGGAGGGACAGGAGGACAUGCAGGAUUAGCAGGAGCUGCUGCUGCCAAAGCUGCUAAAUAUGGAGUAGGAGGACUGGGAGGCGUAGGAGGACUGGGAGGAGCAGGAGGACUGGGAGGAGCAGGAGGAUUGGGAGGAGCAGGAGCAUACUCGGCUGCUGCUAAAGCUGCUAAAUAUGGAGCGGCAGGACAGCAAGUGGCAGGAGGACUGGGAGCUGGAGGAUACCCUGCUGCUGCUGCUGCUGCUGCUGCUGCUGCAGCUAAAGCUGCUAAAUAUGGUCCAGGUGGUGCAGGGGUAUAUCCAGGUGGUGCUGCAGGAGGAGUUCCUGGAGGAGUCCCAUUUAGACCAGGAUAUGGAUCUUUGGCAGCGGGAGCGAAACCUCCUAAAUAUGGUGUCCCAGGAGCAGGCCUAGGAGGAGCAGGAGUCCCAGGGGGAGCAGGACAGGUUCCUGCUGGUGUCGGCUAUGGAGCUUAUGGAGCUGGUGCUGGAGUCAAACCCCCAAAAUAUGGAGUUCCAGGAGGAGUUGGAGGAGCAGGAGUAGGACCUGGGUUGGUACCAGGAGGAGUUGGAGCUGGACAAUACCCCGCUGCUGCUGCUGCUGCAAAAGCUGCUAAAUAUGGAGUUCCAGGAGGAAUUGGAGCAGGGUUAGGAGCAGGAGGAGCAGGAGUAGGACCUGGUUUGGUACCAGGAGGAGUUGGAGCUGGACAAUACCCCGCUGCUGCUGCUGCUGCUGCUGCUGCAAAAGCUGCUAAAUAUGGAGUUCCAGGAGGAAUUGGAGCAGGGUUAGGAGCAGGAGUAGGACCUGGUUUUGUACCAGGAGGAGUUGGAGCUGGACAAUACCCUGCUGCUGCUGCUGCUGCAAAAGCUGCUAAAUACGGGGUUGCAGGAGGAGCUGGAGCAGGGUUAGGAACAGGAGGUGCAGGAGUAGGACCUGGUUUUGUACCAGGAGGAGUUGGAGCUGGACAAUACCCUGCUGCUGCUGCUGCUGCUGCAAAAGCUGCUAAAUAUGGAGUUGGUGCUGGACUGGGAGGAACAGCAGGAACUGGUGGAGCUGGAGUAGUACCUGGUGCUGUACCAGGAGGGUUUGGAGGAUAUCCAGGCGGUGUGAAACCACCAAAAUAUGGUGUUACUGGAAUAGGACUUGGUGUCCCAGGAGCUACACCAGGUCAGGUUGUCAGUGUUGUUCCAGAUGGUUCUGCUAUUGUGGUGCCAGGUGGUACAGGUGGUCCUGUAGAUCUAAAACCAGGAAAGGAUGUUGGUCUUGCUGGAACCCCUCGUCCAGGGCCCACGCCUAUUGCCACAACUGGCAUGGCCCCAGAGGUCCCAGAGCCCAGCGUUGCUGGUGGCAUUAUUCAGCCAAGUGCCGGCACAGGUGUUGGUGGAGCAGGUGUUGUUUUGCCCUCUGGUGUUGGUCCAACUGGCCAAGGUCAACCUGUUGCAACCGGAGUCCAACAACCUGGAGGUGUUGGUGUUGGCACAGCAGGCAAACCACCUAAACCUAUCCUACCAGUUCCUUAUGGUGCUGGUGUCGUCCCUGGAACUGGACCCGGAACGCUGCCUGGAGCAAAACCUUUGAAACCUCCAGGUGUGGGUGGAGCAGGAAUCCCACUGGCAGCAGGAGGGGGAUACAGUCCAUAUCAUCAUGGAUAUGGACAGGGUGGAUUGACAUAUCCUGGUGCGGCUGGACUGGGAGGUGCUGGUGCCGGAGCUAAACCACCCAAACCAGGCUACGGCAGUCUUGGAGUUGGCGGUGGAUUUCAGCCAGGUGCGGCUCCUGUGGUUCCCGGUUAUGGAGGAGGUUACCCCCAACAGUACUACCCAGGACGCGGAUUAAUUCUCACCUGCCAGCAGCAAGGUGGAUAUGUACCAGCCCCACUGACUCCUCAACAAGCCAAAGCAGCCAAGUACGGUCCAUUGCAGGGCUUCCUUGGAGGUGCAGGAGGGGUCCCCAGAGGUGGAGUCGCAGGAUGCCAGGGAAAAUACUGUGGGAGGAGGAAGUAGAGGAUCACUUGAGAUCUAGUGUGACCUCAAGAAACCAUGGUGCUACUGCAUGAUCUAGAAUGUACAUUUUAUAUGCAAACAAAUCCCCAUUAGACAACAUGUAAAGACUUUUUUUUAUUACUUGCUUGACUUCAACGUCUGUUUUUAUACAAACCCACCGACCCAGAAUUUUGUACACGUUCUCACGUGACGUUUAUUAUUGAUAGUGCCUUUAGUCAUUACUGUUAAUCGGCUUUAACUCCCCCUUACUGCACCAGCCUACUUAAAAUUCAAAGUGUGUGUCACCAUGUGUUGCUUGUUGUUGUGCAUAAAUGUGUGUUGUGUGUUAUGUGUGUGUGUGUGUGUGUGUGUGUGUGUGUGUGUGUGUGUGGUUUGCGCAUGUGGUUGUACUGUUGUGCAAAAGACUGUCUGAACCAUCAGCUGCCAAUGUGACCUUUGAAUGAUUUCCCUCUUUCUUUAAUCCUAAAGCAAGGUGACUUGUCCUCACACUGUCUCGCCUCACUGUGCAGAGCUUUGUCACCUCUCUGACCCAUAAGAUGGGUUUUGGGUUGGUCAAGGCCCGUCCGAAAACGGAUGAAAUCUGGCCAAUCUCAGCAUCGUCUCUGGCUCUCCGUCUUCUCUGCUGCUAUUUUUAGGCCUGCUGGGUAUAAAGCAGCGGGAUUCGAGGCUGCGGCCAACCCAUCUGCUUUCAGUAACUUUGCUGAUUCUAGUUGCUAUGCAGUUCAGUUUUCUCAGCAUUUUUUUUUUUAUGGUGCCAAACGUGCGAUUUAUGAAGAGCAACCUCUGUUCGGAGGUAUGGUAGCUGAAGACAAUCAAAAAGUGAAUCAGUAUAGGAGGUUUCAAAACAAUGUUGCCAUUUUUUGCUUUUAGCUCCAAGUAGAUUAGAUAUCAUUCAUAUACAUUAUGUAUGUGUGAAUGUCUAAUUAUGUGUCACUGUCUUAAAAUGCUUUAAGUCAAAUGUUUAGUCUUAUUUCAGCAGUUAUUAACUUUUAUGUAACUUGUCAUUACAUGAUUAUUCAAGCUAUUUUUUUUGCACCCUGCUUUGACUCAUAGCUUUAUUGUUAUCAGGAAUGUGUGAACAUACAACAAGAACAAUCCUUUGCUUUUGCAUUUAUUCACUGUAAUACAGUAAUACAAUUGUAAUACAGAAUAGGUUUGAUGGGUGAUGUGUUUAGUUCUGUGUGAGACAUAAACUCCCCCGUUGUUCUUCAUUUACUUGAGCUGCUUUUAAAAAAUAAGGCUUUACCGACCGAAGGUUCAUGAGCGCUGUCGCCAAGUGACCCCAUCUCUUUCUGUAAUUGUGUACUGUAUUUUGUACUAAUUUGGUGUUAGCUGGCUUCAGUUCCACCACUCUGUGCUGUGUGAGAACUGUGUUUGAGCCCCGCCGGAUCAGACCUUGUCUUAUGUGCCGUGGGAUACUCUUCAUCUUUAUUUAAAACUGUUUUUAUAAGGAGGAACAGUGUGGUUUUGCACUUUUUAUAAUUUCCACGACAAACAUGUGACAUCCUGGCAUUUUAUUUGCUUCAUUAAAUAACAAAAUAAAAAGUGUUAAAGAA